AUGAGUGUGCUUGUUCCGCGGAUUGGUUUGCGGGCUACGGCGCUAUUUGGAGGCCGCCAUGUGGCUGGAUCCUACAGAUUUUAUUCUGUGAAGGGAAAACUGGACGAUGACGAUGAUUUGAAUUUUGACGCAGUUGACGUUUUGAAAAAACCGGCUCCAGGAGAACAGUCUGAUUCUGAAUUGCGGUCGUUUGACUGGUACAGUCGGUUCCAAAAGGCACCACCAAAGGGAAAGAAGACUGUUUCGAAAAGAGUGAAGAAUCUGCAAAACGAGCUCAACAAAUAUACCACUAUGGAGACGAUUGAAAAGCUUGCUCCCGAUUUCCUGGCAGCUUUCAACAACAGUUUAAUUGAUUUCGGUGAUAACUUUCUGGGAGAUGCUGUGGAGGAGGAGGAUACGCUCAGGGCGAUCGCCGAGACCGAGGGAAAGGAGGUUGCGUACUACCAGGCGGCUGUUGGGCUGUUGAAGGGUCAAACUGAUAUUGAGAUUUUGAAUUCGCGGCUUGAGACUCCCAGAGAGGAGUUUGACGACGAGAUUUACAGCCGGUUUGUCGAUGAGCUGAACAAGGACGAAGAGUCGUUCAAUAUUCAGUCUUUGUUGCAAGAGUAUGCGAAACUCCCUGUUCCUCGUGCCAAACAUAUCCAGCCAGAGGAUCUGGAGUUGUUUCUGGAACAGUUCAAGUUAUAUGCCUUUUAUUUGAACGUUGAGCUUGUUGAUCUUGUUUUCCAGGAUGUCAUUGACGCUGGGAUGAUGAUCACUCAAGAAGAGCUCCAUAGAAGCUUGAGCUGUCAGCUUGCUACCGGCAAGGUGUUUGGCCAGGAAGCGUAUCAGGAGUUUUCUAAGGUGAUUACUGAAACCGGUUUUGCGUUGAACAUUGACAGUUACAACAUGUUCCUCACUGCCUGUGUUGUUUCCAAGAACACUGACUUGUUUGGGCAAAUUUUGAAUGAUAUUAACGAGGCAGGGUUGCAACCAUCCAGAACAACUUUCCAGCUAAUGGCUGUUUACUCCGGUCUAUCCAAGGACAUUAACAAGCUUCUGAACCUGCUGGAAAUCCGUCUGGUGACCAUUCCGCUACUGCUCGAUGCUUCAGAUAUUUCGAGCUUCGCGGGAGCACUGAUGGACGUUGGCCAGCCACAGCUUGCUAACGACCUGAUCAACAUCCCGCUACUGAUGAGAGAUAUGUGUCUACACCACCAUGAGCUGGAUUUGGCCGAGUACCAGGAGAGAAGCUUGGAAAACGAGCUGAAACUGAUUCCAUAUCACUCUCCGCUGGAAAUGUUUGAUUUCCUAACCAGGAACAUGACGCUGUUUCCGUUCUACCCUGACGUUCCGGAAUGGACGUUCGAUGUUUACGCCGAGCGCUGUGAAACAUUCCAAGACAUCCGUGGCAUCGUGGAAAACGUGGUGUCUAACAACAUUGGGGUGUCAAUUCCUGUGGCUGUGAAGUAUAUGGAGCUAUUCUACAAGGAAAGAGAGAGCCUCAAGAGAGACGAGUUGCUUGCUGUCACGACAGAACUUUUAAGCUCCACAGAAGAUAAGGCGCUAUUUCUACUUACAAACCCUGCCAUGAUUCAGUUGGUGGUGGACCUUGCCCAGCAUUUCGUGAAAACCGGUGAACUGUCAAACAAUAGCGUGACCACACGAGCUUUGCAAGAUUUACAACACGAGUUGCAAUCAGGCGCCGAGUUGUCAACAGAGGACGCGUUCCAUCGGAGAUUACGCAAUGUGUCAAGUCUCCUUAGUCACCCGUUACAGGAAGAGCCUUAG